GAUUUUUUGGUAUUAUCAUUUCAUUCUUACUCUGGUUCACCUUAAGUCUAUAGAUCUUAGUGAUUUUCUGUUUAAAGUGAUCUUCUGUUUAAAGUGAUUUUCUGUUUAAAAAGUUCUCUUCUUUAAAUGACCUGGAAGUCACUACUGUCUGUUUAUCUUCAUGUGAAACAGUUAACAAUGUGUUUCUCAGACCUUUGAUUAGUUAUCACACCUAGGAACUGGGUUGCUAGUUGAUUGUAUCAGAAGUUUUACGACCUUUGUUGUUUUUCCUGACUGUCCCCUAGGUAGAAAUUCCUUAGUCGUAAAACUGUGUUUGAUUGUGUUCGUUUCGGGGGCUCCUAAUCUUAUCAGCACCAGCCCCCUUUGCUUUUGUUUUGUGUUAAUAAAAAGACAAGCUCUACUGCAGAGUUUCAGAACACAUGGUGAACUGGUCAGAGGAGCAGUUCUCUGUGUUUUCUCCUUUUGCAAAAGCUUGGCUAUAAAAUUCAUAUACGUUGUCUGUGGUUCUUUGUUUUAUAUAGGUUCGAAAGGAAAAUACCUAUCAUUAUUUGGUGCCGAAACCCGGGAUCUCUCACCUCCCCCGCUGUCAGGCAGAGGAAGACGCGCUGAAUCCGUGCACGGCCAGAGUCAAUUGGACCUGGAAAGGAAAACCCAGGAAGCAAAUUCUUCGCUGGGCCAGCGACGUAUCCGACUUUGUCUGCUAACGGCGGAGUGACGAGAUCCGACUGGACAACCCGAAAACUACAGAAACGAAGCCAUUCCACUUGAGCCAGGUGACUGGGUCUACAUAAAGGUCAUCAAACGAAAGAACUGGACGAGUCCACGGUGGGAAGGACCGUUCCAAGUGCUGAUGACCACACCAACAGCUGUAAAGAUCGCUGAAAGACCCAGCUGGAUACAUCUUAGUCACUGUAAGCGGCAGAGAGUGUUGGACCCCUAAUUCGGAGUAGGGAGGAAGGUGGGCUUUUAGCCUCUGGGCUACACAGGCAUUCUAAUUUUUAGUAUUAGUUUGUCUCAAACCCAGUGAAGAACUGCUAAGAUUCUCACUCUUUUAGUUUGGGGGUUCUGACAUCUCUGCACGCCGAGCAGUAAUGGGGACUCCAUAUGCAAGAUGGAUCUUCUACUGUGCUGUGACUGCUGUAUGUUUGAUGUUUGGAGAAGGAAGUGAGCCUGAGUUCCACCCACACGACUACAGCACCAACCUGUGGUGGAAACUGAUGAAUAGAACUGCUUAUGAAGGACAUGCUGUGAACUGCUACGUGUGUGCGCAGCUGCCGGUUUCCAUACACAACUCAGGUCUCCGACCAGGUAACAUUACAGACGACAAACAGAUGUGUCUCUAUGUUCUAAGCACCAGACCACGGCGCGUCCCGCCCCUAAGGGGAGACAGACCACGUGAGAAGGAUUAUUCAGCUGACCUCCGGAUGGGUGAGGCUGUGCAAGGACUGUUUCAAUCUUUGAAUUGUUCACUUGCAGAGGAUGUACUUCCUUUUUCGUCAUCUCAACAAACUGUAUGGAAAAUACCAGAGAUCAUUUCGUUAGCAGGAGCUAAACCAGGAUCUCUGGGGAACUGUGUUUAUAAUAAUGGAAAUGUUUUUCUAGGGACAUUGCCCUGGAACUUGUGUAACAGAGUUUACACCUACUGCGAACCGACACAGGAUUACAUCACCUGCGUAGCCUGCAGGGGUCAAAGGAUGGCUCCACACUGCAAAGGCUGGAAGGAAAACUCAGACUGUGACAACUUGCUUCAGGAGAGGAGUUUCAACAUCACGCAUAAGAUGAAGAGGAGACAAGAGACAACACUGUGCAGCGCCAUAGUGCCAGGAGAUUAUGGCUCAAGGAUGUUAUCAGAUUGGUACUUCAUAUGUGGAAAUGAAGCGUACAUGUUCUUGCCGAAAAAUUGGGGAGGACUGUGUGCUGUGGUUCCCUUGAUCAACCCGAUUGCAUUCAUCAGGAAAGCACAGGAUGAUUCACACACCCGCUCCAAACGAACAGUUAUGUCAGAGGUCAAAAGAUGGGGAGGCCUCACAACACAUACUGGAGUUCCAUGGGAAUUCAGGAUUUGGAACGGCGGAGAAAAAUUUAUGCAAAGCCUGUUUCCAUGGGUUGGAAUAGGUGAGAUUCGGGACCACGUUGAGAUAAACAGGUACGGAUUACUGCGAUUAAUCAACAUCACAUACCAGCUGGCCAAUGGCACCAUGGAAGAACUGACUGAACUGAGAAACAUGGUUAUGCAAAAUCGUGUUGUUCUGGAUUUCCUCACGGCCCCUCAGGGAGGGGUCUGUAAAAUCAUUGGCCCAACGUGCUGUACUUUUGUACCUGAUGAAACAGGUACUGGAGGAACUAUUUCUGAUGCUCUAUAUGAGCUGGAAGAUCUAAAGCAAUAUGUAGAAAGUGGAACACGCGGCUCAACUUCUUUUGAUUUGUUUUCAUGGCUUACAUCUGGACCAUGGUGGACUUUGCUGUUAAAGCUUGUGACACCUAUUCUGGUUGUUUUAGGUCUGUUCUGCCUUUUUACGGGUUGCAUUAUUCCUUGUCUACGAAAAAUGAUGUUUAAAACAAUUAACACAACUGUUAUCAGCUAUCAGUUGGCAAAGGCAUCUUAUGAGACAACUGAAGAUGACUUGUUUCAAGUUUCUGACGAUUUUCUGAACAAUGAUGAAGUCCUGUAAUAAAUAAACAGAAAAAUUCAUUUGCUGAAUGAUUCCUACACUGAAAAUGUUAAACAAGUGGUGUUAAGGAUGAGAAAACUGCUUUUGAUUUUUUGCUGUUUCUUUUAUUUUAUUUUUUUUCAUUUAUUGCAUUAUUUUCCAAUUAUUCAUUGUGUAUUUUCUGUGUUUCGCUUAAAAAAAAAAAAAAAAAAAAAAAUUCUUGCAUUUAUUGGUUCUUUUCUUUUCUUUUCUUUUCUUUUCUGUGCAUAGCUUUUGCAUAAGGUUUAAGCGUAUAAUGAAAUGAUAAUAAGGGGGGAAUGUUAGAGAUUUUUUGGUAUUAUCAUUUCAUUCUUACUCUGGUUCACCUUAAGUCUAUAGAUCUUAGUGAUUUUCUGUUUAAAGUGAUCUUCUGUUUAAAGUGAUUUUCUGUUUAAAAAGUUCUCUUCUUUAAAUGACCUGGAAGUCACUACUGUCUGUUUAUCUUCAUGUGAAACAGUUAACAAUGUGUUUCUCAGACCUUUGAUUAGUUAUCACACCUAGGAACUGGGUUGCUAGUUGAUUGUAUCAGAAGUUUUACGACCUUUGUUGUUUUUCCUGACUGUCCCCUAGGUAGAAAUUCCUUAGUCGUAAAACUGUGUUUGAUUGUGUUCGUUUCGGGGGCUCCUAAUCUUAUCAGCACCAGCCCCCUUUGCUUUUGUUUUGUGUUAAUAAAAAGACAAGCUCUACUGCA